AUGAAGAGGAGCCGCCAGAUCGCCAAGAAGGUGCCAGCGAAGGCGGUGUCUUCUGAGGAAGAGGAGGAAGAGGAGGUGCAGAAGAACGGACCGGAAUGGCGGGAGGUGACUGCCGACGAGUGGUUCAAGGAGGAGGAUGGAAAUUCUAGCUUUGGUGAUGCCGAAUUUGGAUCGUCCGAUGAGGAGCCCUACGACAGCGCUGAUGAUGAAGAUGACGAGGAGGUCUACGGAUCUGAAGAUGAUGAAGAGGAGGAGAGGGCUGCACGCGAGGAGGAGGAAGACGAGCUGAAUGGCGGCGAGGAAGAUGAAGAUGAAGAUGAGGACGAUGAUCAGCUCAAUCCCGAAAAUUUUCAGAAGCUGGUGUCGUGGUUGGGGCGACAUGAUCCCCCUGAGGCGGAGGAGUCCGAGGAUGAGACGCACAACACGGUGGGCAACGUGCCCAUGCACUGGUAUGCGGACUACCCUCACAUCGGCUACGAUGUAGAGGGCAAGAAGAUCAUGAAGAAGCAGGGUCCCGUCAAGGAUGAGAUGGAUCGCUUCCUCGACCGUACCGACGACCCCAACUACUGGCGUACAAUCUACGAUGAGAAGAACGAUCGCGAGAUCGUGCUCACCAAGCAGGACCUCGAGAUCAUCCGCAAGAUCAAGGCCGGCAAGUCGCCCAGCGCCGGCUACGAUCCCUACCCCGAGCUGUUUGAGAAGGACGACAAGCCCAGCAUUUUCGCGGUGACGAACAAGCCGGCGCCCAAGAGCCAGUUCAUUCCGUCCAAGUGGGAGGCCAAGCGGGUGGCCUACCUGCCCCAGUUCUACGACAUCUGGUCCAACGACGCCAGCGAGCACAAGAAGAACCCCAUGCCCCUCACCGCCCCCAAGCAGCGGCUGCCGGGACACAGAGAGUCCUACAACCCGCCCGACGAGUACCUCCUGUCGGCGAAGGAGAUCAAGAAGUGGAUGAAGAAGCCCGCCGACCAGCGCCCGCCUCUCGCCUCCAACAAGAAGUUUGACGCCCUUCGCAAGGUGCCGGCCUACACGCGUCUCAUCAACGAGCGGUUCGAGCGGUGCCUCGAUCUCUACCUGGUCCCUCGCAAGCCCGACACCAGGAAGCGUGUGGUGGAUCCGGAGAACUUCCUGCCCAAGCUGCCGCAGCGUGAGGAGCUGCGCCCGUUCCCGACGGUGAUCGGCAUGGAGUACCUGGGACACUCCAAGCGCGUCCGUUCCGUGUCCUUCGACCCCACCGGCCAGUUCUUUGCCUCCGGCAGCGAAGACUGCACCGUCCGCAUCUGGGAGGUGUCAUCGGGUCGGUGCCUGCGCGUUUACAACACGGGCACCCUGGUGACCACGGUGGCGUGGAACCCCAACCCCAACACGCCGGUCAUCCUGGCGGCCGUCGAGGAGCACGUUCUCAUCCUCGACUCGGGCGUGGCGCGUGGCGAGAUCGCACAAAACGUUCAGGAGCUGCUCAACCUCAAGCGCGGCAAGGUCAGAGUCAAGGAAGGCAAGACGGGUCCAUUCUCGCAGUGGACGAGGCCGGCCGGGGUCAACGGCAUCGACAAGGACGUCAAGCUGGGCCUGGCGUUCCAGAAGACCGUGAAGCAGAUCGCGUGGCACCACAAGGGCGACUACUUCUCGACGGUGGCGCCCGAGGGCGACAAGAACGGCGUGUCGAUCCACCAGCUGUCCCAGCAGCGCACGCAGUACCCCUUCCGGCGGUCCAAGGGCCAGGUGCAGUGCGCCGUGUUCCACCCGUCCAAGCCCAUCUUCUUCGUCGCCUCGCAGCGCUUUAUUCGCGUCUACGACCUCCUCAAGCAGAAGCUGCUCACCAAGUUGGAGCCGGCGUGCAAGUGGGUGAGCUCGAUGGAGGCGCAUCCGGGCGGCGACAACGUCGUGGUGGGUUCGUACGACAUGCGCGUGUGCUGGUUCGAUCUCGAUCUAUCGUCGCGUCCCUACAAGACCAUCAGGAACCACAAGGGCGCCGUCCGUCGCAUCGUGUUCCACCCCAAGUAUCCGCUGUGGGCCACGUGUUCCGAUGACGCGUCCCUCUACGUGCUGCACGCCACUGUGUACGCCGACCUGCUGCAGAACCCUCUCAUCGUGCCCCUCAAGCGCUUGAAGGGUCAUCGGGAGAUGGACGGCUUUGGCGUGUUGGAUUGCGCCUUCCACCCCACGCAGCCCUGGCUUCUUUCCGCCGGUGCUGACCACACUGUCAAGCUCUGGAUCUAA